AGAUCAGGUGAUGCAGAACUCUGGAAAAGGAUGUUAGUCUUCAGAGUAGGACUGUUUGUUAAAUUCAGCAAAGUCUACGAUCAGAAGACACGUUUUUCUGAUUGGUGUAUUACUUUAUUCAGUGAUAAUAUGAAAAUUACCAUCUUCACUGAAGGAUCUACUGAAUAAUCAUUUUAACUCAACUAUAUUGCAUUCUUGAAAGCAAUCCUUUCAAUUGAUCUACUGACUUCACAAUGUCUGAAAUCAGAUUCACCAGUCUCACUUGGGAUCAAGUUAUAACACUGGAUCAAGUGUUAGAUGAAGUAAUUCCAAUUCAUGGAAAGGGGAAUUUCCCCACAAUGGAGGUAAAACCAAAAGACAUCAUUCAUGUUGUGAAAGAUCAACUCAUAGGGCAAGGAAUUAUUAUUAAAGAUGCCAGAUUGAAUGGUUCCAUAGCAAGUUACAUACUUGCAAGCCGUAAUGGAAUCAGCUAUAAGGAUCUGGACGUUAUUUUUGGUGUUGAGCUUCCAAGUAACAAAGAAUUUCAGGUUGUUAAGGAUGCAGUUCUAGGCUGUCUACUUGACUUUUUACCAAAAGGUGUAAAGAAGGAAAAGAUCUCCCCAGAUAUCAUGAAAGAGGCUUACGUACAGAAAUUCGUCAAGGUUUGCAAUGAGCAUGAUUGUUGGAGUCUUAUCUCCCUUUCAAAUAACACUGGGAAGAAUUUAGAACUAAAAUUUGUGAGUUCGCUCAGACGGCAGUUUGAAUUUAGUGUAGAUUCCUUUCAAAUUGUUUUGGAUCCCAUGUUAGACUUCUACAGUGACAAAAAUGCCAAGCUAACCAAAGAAUCCUAUCCUGUUGUGGUAGCUGAAAGCAUGUAUGGAGACUUCCAGGAAGCAAUGACACAUUUGCAACACAAGCUCAUAUCUACCAGGAAACCUGAAGAGAUUAGAGGUGGUGGCCUUCUGAAGUACUGCAACUUGCUGGUUCAUGGCUUCAAGCCAGCCUGUAUGUCAGAAAUCAAAAACCUAGAACGUUAUAUGUGCUCUAGAUUCUUUAUUGAUUUUCCUCAUAUAGAAGAACAGCAAAAGAAAAUUGAAUCAUACCUCCACAACCAUUUCAUAGGUGAAGGAAUGACCAAAUAUGACUACCUUAUGACCUUGCAUGGAGUUGUGAAUGAAAGCACCGUUUGCCUCAUGAAUUAUGAAAGAGGACAGAUUCUCCACCUGAUCACCAUGAUGGCUUUGAAAGUACUUGGAGAACUAAAUAUUCUACCCAAUACAGAAGAGGUAACUUGCUUUUAUCAGCCUGCUCCGUACUUUGCAGCUGAGGCAGGGUACCCUAUUUGUGUAAUAUCUGAGCCAUCCCCCAUUAUCUUCCAGCCAUACUACCCACUGCACUUUCGUGGGUCAAAUGGUAUGGGUUAA